AUGUCAUGUGGGGUUAUUUAUUACUGGGAAAUUGCCUUGGGGACAUUGUCCUUGAUAUUUGCUCUGGAUGCGCGCUUCAAUGCAUACAGAGCACCAGGAAAUCCAAAUUUUAAAACACUUUAUAUUCGAAGACGAAGCCAGCUUCUGAGAGAAAAUUCAAAGUUUAAGGAUAUUGAGACAAUAAAAAAGUACAUAAACAUCAGAAGUCAGCUGUUACAGCGUAGAUAUGGUGUACAGGAUAAUAUAUCAAUUAGUUCAUCAUCAUCACGCCAUAGGUCUAGUAGUAAGGCAAGCCUAGCAAUUGAAGAAAGCAUUACGAUUAACUCAAAGAAGAAAAAUGACAUGACGAUAUCUGAAAAUUAUGCCUUUUCUGGUGUGCAUCACAUUUUUGACCAGCAUACCGAGCAAGUAAGCAUAGUAAAGUUUGCCAACAAUGAUCGUUCAAAGCUUUGCUGUGCUUCACACGAUGGGACUGUUUCAAUCUGUGACGUCACAGCCUCACCGCCACGCGUCGCCUUUGUCCUCGAAGGUCACACAAAAGCUGUAACCGGUUGUGACUGGUCAGCUUCGAAUGAUUUACUGGUGACCUGUGGUGCCGAUGGAGCCAUGAUCUUGUGGGACGUGAACCGCCGGCGCCAACUCAGAGCGGUUCAAGAUCAGCUCCAAGCUCCCUUGCUGUGCUGUGUCUUUCAGCCCGUUAACAACAAUAUGGUUAUUGCGGGUAACGCACGCGGUAUGGUCGAAGUACUUAACGUCUCCACCGGGAUUUAUCCUCGAGGUGGGAGCAGUAUUCUUGGUGGACGCGUAACUUCAAUAGCGUGCGAAUCCAGUGGAAGAAUGUUCUGGGCAGCUAAUGACAAGGGUGUGAUAAUAAGCUACCGAAUGUCUGGGGCAGGCGGGGCCCUGAGCAAGCUGCGCCGCUGUUGCGUGGGUGGUGCCGUGUCGUGCCUCAGUUGGAGCCCUUGGCUCGCCAGGCAUCCGGCGCUGCUGGUCAGUGCCGCUGACGACUCUCUGUAUUUAUUUAGAAUAUCAGAUCGCGAGGGUAGUUUAUCUCUGAAGAAACGGUUCGACAUAGCGCAUCGCCAUCACGGCGUGCAGUCGACCUUCUGCCCGAUCAUGUCGUUUCGACGCGGCGUGUGCGUCGUGUCUGGAUCCGAGGAUGCGUGUGUCUACUUCCUGGACAUUGAGGGUCAUGCGGAGCAGCCUGUUGUCAAUAAGUUGCAAGGACAUGCUCACCCAGUGCUAGGAGUGAGCUUUAGUUAUGACGAGAGCCUGUUGGCGACGAGCGAUGUUUCUGGACUCGUUAUCAUUUGGCGACGGAGCUGA